UUGAAAAUGAGAAAACAGACUAUUACUGUGUUGGACCCAGAAGACGAACUAAAGGAGCACUGGGAUAAUGAGCUUCUUAGCAAUAAGAAUAGUUAUUAUUCGCUCCAUGAUUCGGAGCACCGUGAAACACCAGUUCCUAAGAGAUUGAGAAUGCGUCCAGCAAUAACAGUGCAAGGCUCUAAAUAUCAAGGAAGAGUGAUAGACAGAAGCUCAUUGGCUGAGGAAGAUAACAGUUUGGUUGGCACUGAAGACGCAGAAGAGAAGGAGGAUUCUCUCUUUGAGUUUGAAGAAAAGAAGGAAAGCGACCAAGAUUCUGUGGAGGCUUCUGUUGAACAAUCAUCAGUGAGUAGCGGUCAAGGAAUUUUGAGAAUUACUUCCGAAACACAAGAACAACUCUCAAAAGGACAAGCUAUUAUAGAACAAAAGUCUUUGUAUGACGAUAUAUUGAAGCUAAGAAUUGCCAUGCAACGUCUUUUAACCAUUGCGAAUUGUUUUCCAGAUGAGCAAGAAAGAAGGAGAUUAUCUUUCUGGAAGAAGAAAAAAAAGAAGAAUAUAACUAGGACAGCAUCAGAAGAUUCAUCUUCAGAUGUUACUGUGGAAAUAGACCGAUUAUGGAGAAAGCUGAAGAGGCGCAAUAGUGAGUUGAAUUCUUUCAAGCAAAAGGUAUUGGAUUUCUGGGAUAAGAAAGUACGAGAAGCGACUGGCACAAUAUAUGACCAAACAAGCAAGUUCAAAGUUAUCAACCAAUCUGUAUCUAAUCAAAUUCAAGGAGUUCUUUCUAAUCGUGAACGUCUUUUUCGUCGAGCACAUACUCGCAGAGACUCUAACCGUUCUUUACUUUGUUUAUUAUCAUCAGAAAAUAAUGGCGUCGAUCCUGAAAUCUACGAUGAUGGAGAUUUUUAUCAGUUAUUACUGAAAGAGGUUGUGAAUGACAUGUCCAAAGUGAGUAAAAGAGAAGAUAUCAAAAGUGCAUCACAGUUGAAAAGAAAUCGACAAAGAAAGCAGUAUUUAGAUAGGCGAGAGAGUAAAGGACGAAGACUUAAGUAUACUGUCCAUGACAAAUUGGUUGGAUUCCUUGCUCCCAUUCCAAUGGAACAAUCAGAGACAAGAAACCAACUUUUGAAAUCCCUCUUUGGUAGUAAACACAACUAAAAAUAAAAGUUCGAUAAAAGACAAUGACGAACAACUAUUUAUGUUAGAAAUGACAAGAUAAACAGAAAAUAGGUGAAGAUUCCCAGAACACAUCAUUCUG